AGGGGCCGCAGCGGUCCAAUCCCGCGUCGCGAUCAAAAAAAGUUGCCCUACCCCGAAGACGCGCCGACCAUCGCGUCGGUGAUGCUUGGUGAUACCUUACCCUAUCACUGGCCACAUUCCAACGCUAGCUCUCGAGUUGGGCGGCGAAUCUGCCCCAGGCUUUCUACCGUUGCUUGUGCUGGUUGUCUGCGACUCUGCAAUAAUCAAUUAAUUACCCAUUGCCGAUCUAGAUCGAGCGGCGGGACUCCACAAGUUGCAACGCACCUUUCGUGUAGCGUCUAGCUGCCGAAGCCCUUCCCUCAUCUGGCGGCACAGCAUCACUUCCUUCGCCCCCUUUCCCAUCUUUGGACACGCCUGGAUCAGGUAUAUUAAGAAGGCGACAACCUCGCCUGUACCAUUCCCAUCAUGACGGGACGCUACUCUCUCAGACAAACGCCCAAGAAGAAGGAGCAGUUUGAUGGCAUGGUAGAGACACCCACAGCAACCCGACGAUCUACGCGCCGACAGUCAUCUGUACCUCGUGGCCAGUCAGAAGAGGCCGAGAGCAACGCUGCACAAGAGAAGCCUGCGCGCAACACCCGCCGACGAACGGCCAAGUUCACCGAGAACAUGGAGUCAGACAACGAGGCCACCACCGUCAAGCCCACCGCCGCCGCUCGCACCAAUGACAACUCAAAUGGUCACGCCAAUGGCAAAACCAACGGCCACGCCAAUGGCAACGGUGCCGCGACCACCCAGCCCACAACUACUACCAAGGGUGUCCCAACCGACGUGCACAUUGUGGACGGCUGGAGACCCGGCCAGGACCCCAAGGUCGACUACUCUGGCGAGUUUGAAUUCGGUGGCUCGUUUGGUACAUUGGCCAUGAUGGUCUUCUUCCCCAUCCUCAUGUGGUACAUGUGGGUGGGUGCCACAUACUACGACGGCAAGUUCCCUUCUCGCUCAGAGGGCCAGACUUGGCUCGAAUUUGGCGCUGAGCUCGUCGCACUCUGUUACGAGGGGGCCUUUCCCCACGCCAAGGCCUGGAUCUGGUACUGGAGCUACCUCAUCUUCGAGGGAGCCUGCUACUGCCUCCUCCCUGGCGUGACUGGCUAUGGAAAGCCACUACCUCACGAGGGCGGCAAGCAGCUGCCUUACUUCUGCAACGCCUACGCCAGCUUGUACACCACCUUGGUCAUCCUUGCUGGUCUGCACUUCUCCGGCGCGUGGCCUCUGUACAACGCCAUUGACCACUUUGGCCCUCUCCUGUCGGUGGCUAUCAUCAGCGGCUUCAUUGUCAGCUUUGUCGCCUACUUAUCCGCCCUAUGGCGUGGCAAGCAGCACCGUAUGACCGGCUACCCCAUCUAUGACUUCUUCAUGGGCGCCGAGCUCAACCCUCGCAUGUUCGGCAUCCUCGACUUCAAGAUGUUCUUUGAGGUUCGCAUGCCCUGGUACAUCCUCCUCAUCCUCUCCCUCGGUGCCGCUGCUCGCCAGUACGAUCAGUACGGCUACGUCUCUGGCGAAGUCUGGUUUGUCGUCAUGGCGCACUUCUUGUACGCCAACGCCUGCGCCAAAGGCGAGGAGCUCAUCAUCACCACCUGGGAUAUGUACUACGAGAAGUGGGGAUUCAUGCUCAUCUUCUGGAACCUGGCCGGUGUUCCUCUUUCCUACUGCCACUGCACAAUCUACCUUGCCAACCACGAUCCCGCCGAGUAUCGCUGGAACCGCUAUGCACUGAUUGCCUUCUAUGCUGCCUACCUUUUCUGGUACUGGGUCUGGGACUCGUGCAACAGCCAGAAGAACCGCUUCCGUGCCAUGGAGCGUGGCAAGGUCGUCUGGCGCAGGACCUUCCCUCAGGUCCCCUGGCAGACCGUUAAGAACCCCAAGACCAUUGAGACACCCCAGGGUACCAUCCUUGUGGAUGGCUGGUAUGGUCUUGCGCGCAAGAUCCACUACACUGCCGACAUCUGGUUCUCCAUGUCCUGGGGUCUCAUUACGGGUUUCAAUAGCCCCUUCCCAUGGUUCUACCCCGUCUUCUUCUGCUGCAUGAUUGCUCACCGCGCCGCGCGUGACAUUCAUCGUUGCAGGACCAAGUAUGGUGAUGCCUGGUUGGAAUACGAGAGGCGGGUGCCCUACCUAUUCAUCCCUUACGUGAUUUAAAAAUCAAACAUGUAAUAUCGACUUUCAUUCUGGCAUGUCCAAGUGUAUAUACUUCACGGGAGCUUUUGGUCUCCCUAUAGACUAUGGUUGUAAUGGGUGGGACGGCGAGAUGAAUCAAAAGGAGAGACGGCUCAUGUAUGGAUACGAUUGCACUUUCUGUUCAAAUAAUACAU